AUAUCAGCGUUUUAAAAAAAAAAACAGGAAGCACAUCAUCAUUCAUUAGCAUACCUGGGACAUGACACAGGAAGUACUAGGGAUAGAGGAAAGAGGAGAAGACAGCAUGGCGGCCAGAGAUAUCUCCCACGAGGCCAUUAUAGCCCUGGUGCAUGCCCGACCGGAGUUAUGGGACCCAGAAUGCCCUGGAUAUGCCGACAGAGUGUUGAAGAGGUCAAAGUGGGAGGAAGUGUACAAAUUUGUAACACCGAACUGGGACGAAAUGUCUGCAACUGAUCAAGAUAACCAAGGUGAGUGCAAAGUUUCUGGUGUUUAUGUAUAUUCAUGUAUCAGGGUACACAUGCAUCAUAGCUCUUUCAUUACAACCAGACUAAUGAAGAUUUACCCCCCCUAAUGACAAGGCCAUUUUUUUGCAAUACAGCGCUGCGUCAAUGACAAUGCUGCAACUAAACCAAAUUGUUGUUCCUUUUUUUCACACAAAGGUCGGGCAUUAGUACUUUCUGGACAAUUUAAAAAAACAAAAAAAACAGGAGGGGCAGCUAAAUUUUAGCAGACAGAUUGGACACUUUUGUCACUUGCAGUGAAAGGGGUCAAAUGGUUUGUGUAUUCUCUAGUUUCUUGGGUGGGGGUGAGAGCAAAUCUCUCUCAAUGUACGGCUUAUAUGCGUUUAUUUUUUCAAAAUAUAUUAUUAAAUUAUACAAUGAAAUAUAUAUUGCAGGGAAGGAGGUUUAUACAAGGUGGAGAUCCCUACGCGACCGCUACAAGAAAGAAGUAAACGAAGAGAAGUCUGCGGAGCGAAGCGGAGCACCCUCAACUCGCCGUAGGGCCAACCCCCAUGCAGAGGCAUUGUCUUUCUUGAGGCGCACCACCGAGAUGCGUGCAACUGUCUCAAGUGUUCCUGCAAGAGCCAUCGCAAGGCGUGCAAGUUCAUCACCAGAAAAUAAUACUGAGACCAGCCAGGAAACCAUUCCAGUUUCAUCUCAAGAUUAUCAAGAACCUCCAGAACCGCAGGGAAAUCUUGACAAGAGAGCACGAUCUUCUUCCACCACUCGUCGACCACGCCAACAAGAGACACCUUUUGAGGAUUAUUUUAAUCGUAUUAUUGUAGAAAUGAGAAAACAAUCACAAAAUGAUGCCAAAAAAGAUGAGUUCCUCAACAUCUCAGAUCCCGAUGUCAUUUUUUUGAGAAUGUUACUAUGUGUACUCAGGGAGAUUCCGCCAGAGAAACGCACUGAUGUUAGGGGUGAUAUACAUGCCUAUUUAACGUAUAUAGUGUCCGCAUGCAAAGAGCAACGCCCAUAUCCUAAAUUUCAACCAUGGGCUCUGGGUUUUAAUUCACCUAGUGGCUCUUUGAGUCAGCCAAUGCCCAGUCCUGAAUGCCGUGACACCACACCAGUCAUGAACUCAUAUGCAGGGCCGCCACCAACAUAUACACCCUUCCCAUCUUAUCCUGGUUUUCAGAGAAUGCAUGGGCAGCCCCACCCAGUCAGUUCACCCUCAUCUACACAAUCCGUACAACAUAUAGAUGUUGGCAGUGAACCAAGCCCUUCUACCUUGCGUUCCUCUUACCCAGUGUAUCAGAACUUGUAGUUUUUUCUACUUUUAUUACUGUUUUUUUUUUUUUUAGUUUUUGCUCAUGCAAUGUUUUAUUGAUAUCUUUGCACAAAGUAAUGUUUAGCGGAUGUUCACCCUAAAAACAAAUUUCUAACAUUACAGCUAGCAUACUAAGCACAUCCACUGUAUGUAGGUCUUUGUUUUUGACCGUACCAACCGUGAUAUUGGCAUUUUGUCCAAGGCUUACGGCGUUCCUAUCCUUGGAUUUGAUGAUUGACGGCUUGUGCAACAGUUUUCCUGGCGCACAACGCGCGUCACCAG